GAUGCGAUCUCAAAUUCACAAUUUCACAAAAAGGAAACUUUGUUUUUUGUUGAGCGAUCUUUUAUGAAUUUUUGAAUUAAUUAACCCUAUUCAUUGCAACCUAAAUGUAGCAUAUAAUGUGUGUGCUGUGUUAGCAGAUAGCCUCGUAUCGAUCUUAGAUCUUGAAUUGAAUCGUCGCGUAAGUUGUUCAAAUUAUUGAUCCGCUGCAAAUAUGAUUCCAAACGAGAUUUUUGCUGAAGAUCUGAUGAGUACUGUAAUAAGAUACGGCUUGUAUAUUGGAGCGGCGUUCCAGUUAGUCUGCCUCCUCGCUUGUGCCGCCAUUGUAGAUGACCAGUGCGAGCCCCAUGCGUAUGAAAAGACGUACACAGACAGUGAUGAAUGCAGCUCAGAGCAAUCCUCGCCCGGUCACCGUGCUACUAUGUCCAGAGCGCGACGGCAUGACAAGAAAAAGAGGCGUUAGCCGAGAUGGAAACCUUUGAAAUGAAACCGACUCCAGUAACCAGUAUGGUUAUUUUUAUUUCAGAUAUUUUCAAAAUAGUAUUAGAGAUCUGUAUUUUUAUUUCCUUAAAUGUGAUAAUUUUGAUAGUAACAAUUUUGAUCAAUGUAUUUAAUGUUUUAAACUUUUUUUACUUAGAUUUAAGUAAGCAUUUACUUGUUUAUUGAAAGUUUGUUAGAUUAUUAUUGAUAAGUAUAAAAAUAACUUUAUUUAAUACCUACUAUGACAAUGAUUUUGAGACAUAUUUUAUCCAUGUCAGAAUAGGUUUUUUUAGCUAAUUGCUUGCCAUUAAAUUCAGGGUGUAACAAUAAGUUUGUGAAAAACAUGAAAUUCAAACCUGACCUUGAUUUUAAAUCAGAAAAAAAUUGGCAAUAUUUUUUUUACAAACUUCUUGUUGAGAUUCUGUAUAAUGUUAAUAAAAUAUACCUAAUCACUCAUAUACUCAUUAGUAAUUUACUUAUGUAACUUGUAGGAUGUCAUUAUUGCAGUAUUCCAAUGACGAGAAUAUCUAAUGCCAAAUCAAAAUAGUAAAUACACAAUGUAGAUGUGUCACAAAUUCUCUUGAACCUUAUGGAAGGUGGUUUACUUGAAGGUAACUUUUGUAUUUUAAAAAGCCAGCUGCUAAGAAUAAAUA